AUGCCACCGUAUGCACCAGUCCUCCGUGCCCAACUUAGAACCAAACCUUCAAAUGGGCAUGGCGCUUUUGUUCCUCAAAUAAAGAAACUUGUCUUUGAAUACUGUGAUACUUGGUCUUCAUCCGCUCGUCUGCGUGGGUAUCUUUUGAGAAACUCUGGGCGAUUGGCACAAGAGAACCCACAUGUCGAGGUCGUUGUGAGACAGAGGCCUUUCAAGCCGCCUAUCGUAAGAGGUAUAUACUUGAAUGAACGGGACAAGGUCGUUCCGCUGAACAAACUUGAGCCUUCAAGUAUCGAGCAAAAAGUUCAACUUCUACUAGACUCGUCGGGUGCCAAGAUUCGGCCGUUCAAGCGUUCGGUUGAAAGCACAACGGAGGGUGCACGCGGGAUGUGGAGUGGGUUUCACCAGGGAGGUGAACAAUUCAAGAUAUAG